AUGACGACGACGAGCGCCUUGGGUACGCUCGUCGGGUGCAACGCCACCUGCUUCUGGACGGGCCGCCAUGGCGAUGUCGUUGACAGUGCGCAGCUGGCCGAGAUCAUGCUCGCCAACGACACGUCGGCGGCGGCGGCCCGCAAUCUGCAGUCGCACAUGGACUACAUCCAAGCGGUGCAGCGCCAUGCGACUGCGAUGGGUCAAGAGCUCGGUAUCUCUCUCGGUGUCAACCCACGCCACUUGCUCCUCCCGGCCAUCGACGAGGACCCGCGUGAAAUGGUGCUCGAGUACCGCCUACGUGGCCCGCGACGCCUUCAAGCCAGCGCACUGCGACCAGAUCUCAACUGGUGCAGCGAGCUCAACCCCACCGGGCGCUCGGUCUGCGGCGAUAUCAAGAGCCAGAAGCUCUGUGGGUCGUGCUGGGCGUUCGCCGCCACGGACCUCAUCGAGACGGCCGUCGCAAUCGCAGGCAACGCGACGCCCGUCUCGCUCUCGACGCAGCAGCUUUUGAGUUGCAGCAAAGGCCCCCAAGUUCAUACGUUCCACUACUGCUUUGCUUCGUCGCCGACGAUGCCAUCAUGGGUGUCGCCCACCAAGCAAUGGAACGCGACCAACGACGGGUGCGGCGGCGGUAUGACGCAGAACGCGCUGACGGACGCGGUGAGCAAGAUCAAGAACCUCGCGUCACGCUUGACGUGGCCCGACAAUAAUGACGCGUCGUCGUCCCGCAGCCCGUACCCGUGCACGCAGCUGCCCGACAAUUCCACCGCCGCCCACAUCACGGGGUGGGAACCCGCGUUGGGCACAAAUUCAUGUGCCAGCACAAGCGACCCGACGCGACUGCUUCAAGACGCACUCGCGACGGGUCCGUUGGCCGUCGCCAUGCACGCGCAAGGCCUCUUCCCCGAGUACAAGGGCGGCGUGUUCACGUGCCCCAAGAUCAUACACUCGGACUUGAUCGACCAUGCGCUGCUACUAGUCGGGUACGGCUACAGCAGCGGCACGCCGCACUGGAUUCUGAAAAACUCGUACGGCGCCGGGUGGGGCAUUAAUGGCUUUAUGCACUUGGCCAUGGACGACGACAUCAACUGCGGCCUCAACAUCUUUCCGAUCCGCGUCCUCGGCGCGUCCCGUGGUGCGUCCGUGCUGCGCGUCGACGGUGGUGGCGACCUUGACUUUGGCGGGCUGACCCUCGCGGCGUGGCUCGGCAUCGCGGCUACAAUUGCCAUCAUUACGCUCCUCGCAACGAUCGUGGGUGUCCGCAUUGCGCUCAAACGCCGGGCCAACAUGCACCGCUGCUGA